AUGCGCGCCUUUAUCGUCCUCUGUUUUCUUGCCACAGCCUAUGCUGCUAGUUUUGGAUAUGACUAUGAAAGACAGGGUAGUACUUCCUUUGGUUCUAGUGUAAAUGGAGGUUUUGUCGGCAAUAGUGGAUUCUCUAGUGGAGGCAUUGGGGAUUACAAUGUUGCUCCAGGUGCUUUUGGCAAUAACGGAUUUGGAAGGAACGGUUUCGUUGGCAAUGGUUUGGGUAACACUGGAUUCACUGGUAACAGUUUCGGUGGAAACGGCUUUGUCUCCAACGGCGGCAGUGGUUUCACCGCUCCAACUGAACUCACCAAGGAAUUCUACACCUUCACCGCUCCAGAGGGCGCUUUCAAUGAUAAUACUGGUGCCGAUCAAUUGGGCGGCUCCGUUAAGCGUGGUGUUCGUGUCAUCUUCAUCAAGGGCCCCGAAAACAACGGACUUGAUGAUGCUGCUCUUCAAUUGGCCAAAUCUGUCAACGAACAAAAGACAGCCAUUUAUGUGCUUACCAAACAGGCUGAUAUCGGCAAUUUGGCCAACAAAUUGAAUAAUUUGAUUCACAGCAGUGAAAGCCGUCCUGAAGUACACUUUGUGAAAUACCGUACACCAGCUGAUGCUGAAAAUGCUCAACGCACCAUUCAAUCACAAUAUGAGUCGUUGGCUGGCAAGAGUGCUAAUUACAAUGUUGGUAUUGCACCUGUAUUGAAAUUUGCCUCCAGCGGAAAUCAAUAUCAAGUUGCUGAACCAUCAAAUACUUAUUUACCAGCUAACAAGCGGUUUUAGGUUAAUCGUUAAUUAAUGAAAAUCGUCUUCUCAUUAAAAUUUGUAAAAUAAAUAUUCCAUCUUCAAU